AUGUUUUCGGAUACCGCUAUACAAUUACAACCUGUCUUUGCUCAAUGGAUACAAAACACCCAUGCUUUAGCACCUAGUGCAACGGCUCCGGGUGCAACAACAAGCACCAGUUUAACUUGGGGAGGCGGUGAUAUAGUAGCAGUGGGUGGUAAAGUGGCUUUGUUACCUAUUUCAUUAGGAACUGCAGAUUUUUUGUUCAAGAUAGGCAAAGAGGCUAGAGUGGCCAUAGAGGUGGCUAUUCAUGAUUUCAAUUGCAGUAGAAAUCAGAACCUCCUUCUUCACUUCUGAAACUCUCAAGGCAAGCCAGUCCGUGCAGCUUUGGCGGCACGAGAUCUUUUAUCAACACAUGGCGUAAAAGCCAUUCUGGGAGGUCAUGCAUGGAACGAAGCAUUGGCUAUUGCUGAGGUGACUAAUGAGGAAGCUCUUGAUGUAACCGUGUUUCUGUCUUUCGCUGAUUCAUCUCCAUCCACACCAACAUUCCCUUGGUUCAUUCAAGCCACACCAAGCCAGCAAGUUCAGGUGAAUGCAAUUGCUGCUAUUACAGAGUCCUGGGGAUUGCAUCGAGUGACUCUAAUAUAUGAGAACAUCCCAACGAUAUCCUCACCCGAGUUAAUAGUCUCUCAACUCUCUCAGGCACUUCAAAAAACUGGGGGCGAACUAUCCUACAUUCUUACUCUCAAUUCCAUCUCUCUCAAUUCCAUACCGAAAGAGCUAAUUCAGCUAAAGAAACAGAAAAACAGAGUGUUUGUGAUUCACUCAACUCUUGAAUCAUGUUGUCGCCUGUACCAAAAUGCAAAACUAAUGAACAUGACCGGAGAUGGUUAUGCAUGGAUAGCAACAAACAGCAUCACAGAUCAGUUCCACGCCAUCGGUCCCAAAAAAAUGUCAUCACUGCAAGGUAUUAUUGGAACAAAAAGUUACUUUUCAGAAAUCUUGACAGAAUAUCCAGAUUUCAGAAAAAUAUUCGGGUCAAACUUUAGGGAUAUGUACCCUGAUGAAGAAUAUGACCAGCCUGGCAUAUAUGCUUUACAGGCCUAUGACGCAACACGAGCUCUUCUCUACAGAUCAAAUAUUACUAAUGAGUUCCAAAGAUUUUCGGCUGCUGAUUUGAUUAGUUCCACGGAAGAAAAAAAUUUUUGUAUUGUUAGUAUCAUUGGAAAGACUUGUCGGAAUGGGUAUUGGACAAAAGGGCUUGGAUUUUCAGGAACUAUAGAUGACAAAGCUUCUUAAAGCAAUUCUAUAGACGUUUUGAAAGAUAUCCUGUGGCCUGCACAACCAUGGCACACGGAGAGAAGACGUCGUUUUCUUGCAGGUACAUCAGGGACUAUAAGGGUGGGUGUUCCGGCCAAGUCCCUUUUCAGGCAAUUUGUAAAGGUUGAGACUCAUCCCAAAACUAAUGUAGUUUCUUACGAUGGAUUCUCAAUAAAAGUGUACGAAGAAGCCCUGAAAAUUGCAUAUGUUGACACUGACUUGACAUUCAAUUAUACUCCGUUUGAAGGAGAGUAUGAUGAUCUGGUCGAACAAAUUGCCCUUGGGAGGUUUGAUGCGGUUGCUGGUGAUGUAACAAUUUUGGAAAAAAGACACAGGUAUGCAGAUUUCUCUCAGCCUUACACAGAAUCAGGAAUGGUGUUAAUAGUACCCAUUCGAUCUAGAUUACCUAGUCGGUUGUGGCUCUUCUUGAAGCCCUUUACGAAAGAAAUGUGGGGCCUAAUUGUAGUCAUUACCAUUUACAACGGCUUUACAGUUUGGUUGAUAGAGAGAAAGUACACUCCUGAAUUCAGAUCAGGCAGUGUCUCGAAUCAAAUUGGAACAUUCUUUUGGCUAGCGUUUACAACACUCUUUACACUGCGUGGGGAUAGACUACAUAGUAAUUUAUCUAGAAUUGCAAUGGUGGUGUGGCUUUUUGUUGCGCUAAUAAUCACACAGAGUUACACAGCUAGCCUUGCUAGUAUGCUCACAGCUCAGAGGCUUGAACCGGCCAUAAAGGAUGUUGCAACACUCAAAAAGAUGAAUGCAACAGUUGGGUAUUGCCGAGGUUCAUUUCUUAAAUUAUACAUGAUCAAUGCCUUAGGUUUCAACUCUGCAAAUAUCAACAAGUAUCCAUCAACAGCUGAGUACGCCAAGGCCCUCAACAGCAAAGAAAUAGCAGGCAUCUUUCUUGAAGUUCCUUCUGCUAAAGUCUUUCUUGCUCAGUACUGCAAAAGCUUUAUAAAAACAGAGAAAACCUUCAAAGAUGGAGGAUAUGGUUUUGCAUUUGAGAAGGAAUUUCCAAGGCUUCCAGAUAUAAACAAGGCAAUAAUGAACAUUACUGAAUCCGGGAAGCUCUUAGAACUUGAGAAUAAAUACAUAAACUCCGAGGAGUGUGUGGAUGCAGAUUCGAUUCCAGAAGAGGAUGCUAGUAUCGGAUUAAAUAGCUUCUCGAUACUAUUUGCCUUAACCGGAUGCACAUCAACAAUUGCUCUUGGUGUAUAUGUUGUUAGAUACUUUCUAAUUUCAUUGCCAAAACAAAGGAUUCUUUUCAGAGCAUUUGCCAAGAGAUGGAGACAUUAUCGAAGACAGUUAUCUGCUAGAGUAAUAAGUGUCGAAAACCCGAGAAAUCCUCCUGAUGAUCCCUACUGGGAAGCAAGGCAUUCCUUUAGUACAGUAAGUGAUAUAGAAAGCCUUGAAGAUAAUCUUGAACCUUGAUGCCCCUGACCCAGAUACUCAGCUUUGAAAGUAAUCACUCGGUUAGUCCGUUUCACAUUCAUUUAUAUAGUUAAUUUUAAAUUGUAUGGAUAAAAUUAUUGUAAAUUUCUAUUUUAGUUUUCAGUUAAGAUGAACGGUAGGUAAAAGCAAAAGCAUUUCAAACAUUGCGCCCGUUUGUUUAAGAGAAGUAGAAGCCGCUUCUGUUUUUCAUUUCCGUCUCCGUAAACAAGUGGAAACACUUUUAAGAAGUUGAGAAUGCUAGCUUUUUUUCUGUUUAUUAGCUUAUUUACUUGUCACUUUUAAUCCACCUAUUUAUUUUAAGGAAGAAGUCAUAUUUUUUAUAUUUGCCAAACCGCUUCAAUUUGUUUCUGAAACACUUAGACAUUUAUAAUGCGACUUUGGCGCCUGUUUAACGUGAGC